AUGUCUGUUAAAAAUAUCUUAUCCAUUGGAAAUCAUGAACAUUAUUAUUUUAAUACACCGAAUGAAUUUUCCGAUGUUAAAAUUUCAUUUAAAAAUGAAAAAGAUAUAAUUUUAUAUGCAAAUAAAGCUAUUUUAUCAGAAGCAUCACCUAUAAUUAAAGCUUUUUUGGCUAUUGAACCUGAUGGUACAUUUAUCAUUGAUGAAGAUGAUGAACAAUUAAUAAUAACAUCAAUAGAUGUUAUUGAUCUUUUAAAAUUUAUCUAUCCACAAUUUACAAUUAAAAUAACUGAACAGAAUAUUACAGGACUUAUUCAUUUAUCAGAAAAAUAUUUAAUUGAAACACUUCGAAAUGAAUGUAAAAAAUAUGUUUUUACAUGGUUACAUGAUAUGGAAUUAACAAUAUUCGAUGAAAAAAAAGAAUUUGUACCAAGACAUAUUCUUUAUAAAGAUGGAACACGAAAACAUAUCGCAUCAGAAAUAAGUACAUUAUGUGCUUGGUAUCAUGAAUAUUCAUCUCGUGAUGAAAAUCUCUCAUCGUCAAUUCUUAAUAUAUUAAAACAUGCACCAACUGAUGAUCUCGAACGAAAUGAAAUUUUUUUACGAUUGACCGAUCGCGAAAAAACGAAUAUAUAUAAAAUAAUUAGUGAAUUUUUAGAACAACAAACAAUAAUCGACAAAAAUCAUGUAGAUUCAUCGGGAGUUAUUCAUCAUAAACAAUCUGCUUCUUUAAUGUUUGCAUCCGGUGACGGUUAA